AGCUGAUAAGCCUGCUUUACUAUGCUCUUCCUACACACUUCAAAAAAAAUCCAUUCUUGCACAUUUCCAUUCUAAGUACUGAAAAAAAAUGAUUUCACUUAAGAACUACCAAUCAACACUCAUCUUCAAACCUGUAGUUCACCAAAAAAACAUAACAAAACAUUCGAAUUUCGGUCCGAACAAGGUAACUUGCAGUAGAAGAAAACUUGAAGUGAAAGCAUGCAGCAGCAAACAAGAGAGACAGACUUUUCUAAGUCUUGAAGAAGCUGGUUUAGUUGAAAUGUCCGGUUUAAGCUCUCAUGAACGCUUUCUGUGCCGAUUAACGAUAUCAUCGUUGAACCUUUUAAAGGUAAUAUCAGAGGAAGAAGGAUGUGCAAUUGAGGAGCUAAAUGCUGGAAGGCUAUGUGAUUGGUUUGUAAAAGAUAGAGCUAAAAGAGACCAAAAUAUAGAGUCUGCUGUUCUUCAAUGGGAUGAUUCUGAAUUUCAAUUUUGACUUUUUUAAUACGUAAAUUAAUAUUUUGUCCCCCUUAAUAUUUUGUACUGACUAAUUUAAAUCCAAACAUACGAAAUUCACAUGAAA